UGAGGGCUUUGCUACUGACCUAAGCCUCUACCAUCCAUAGCAUGACUUCAACAUUAGACGUACCAGAACCUUCUCCCCUAAGCCUACCCUCCCUCAAUGACGACAAAGAUUUCCACAUGGCCGCCAGUACGAGUGCAGAUGAAAAUAAUCAAAACAUGAAUAUGGCCGACAAGGAUGGGCCCGAUAAAUAUCUGCUGAUUAUUGCCCAAUAUCUCGAUGGUCACAUAAAUGACACAGAUGCCAUCGAUCGAUAUAAUGGUCCUGUGCUGAUAGCUAGCAUUAAAAAUGUCUACUGGAUAUUUCUGAUACAGUAUGCCAUGUUGGCGAUGAUGGGCAUCCUAAUGAAUGUUACCAUAAUUGCGUACAUUAUGUACCAUCGUCUGUACAAGGAUGUGACACAUGCAUUUAUUGUGAAUUUGGCAUUUUGCCAUUUUAUACAGUGUGCUGUGGUGUUGCCGAUUUCGUUGAUGGUGAUGCUGAUACAGAAUUGGAUAUUUGGCCAGUUUUUGUGUUUCUUCCUGCCCAUGCUGCAGGACAUACCACUGCACGUUGCCAUGAUAACACACAUAUUAAUAGCAUGGGAUCGUAUGCGUUGGUUGGGUGAUCCUUUAAAAGGACGUUUUCCCGCCUUUGUGUGUUGCUGUGCAACCUGGUUAACUGGCAUGGUUAUCGCACUACCAUAUCCCAUCUAUACAAUUUAUGUGGAAAUUGGGGACUUUAUACCAAGACUCGGUGGAAUGGGCUUGUGUGUAGUAAAUUUAAUGGAUGACAUGCAUGAAUACGUACGAGGACUAUUUUUACUUAUGUAUUGUGCUCCCACCGUAUUGUUGGCUUAUUUAUACAUACGAACCUCACAAGAAUUGCGACCACCGGAAGAGCCAUUGGCCGUUAUGCUGUAUGAACAUCGCGUUGACAUUAGGAUGAGGCAACGCAACUCAUCGGCUUCCUCAGUAGAUCGUUCGUACAGUGGUGCCACCACUGCUACAAUAGGAGGAGCUGGCGGUGGUGGAGGAGGUAGUGUACUCAAUAGUCAUAGCACUUGUAUGGCUCCCUAUUCUACCGGCACUGCCACAAGGUCAUAUGACUUGUACAGUGCUGAAUGGGAUGUUAAUCGUGAGAAACGUAAUCAACGUAAUUUUGGCAGCAUGGCUGCUGCUCAGGUUGUUUGCCUAUGUCCUUUAAUGAUACUACGCUUCGCCCGUCUCUCCAUUGAGGAAACGUACGAGAAUCAAAGACAUUUCGACUUUACCUACUUGAUGUUUGUAUGGAUUGCCUUUUUGCCCACAGUCAUAUUUCCCUGUAUCUAUGCUUCACAAAUAUUGCCAAGAGAGGAACAGGAACGUCUUCGUGGCUACUUUCGUUUAUCCUCAAAACGUUUGUCUAAUAAAUCCAAUAUGAAACAUACAAAAGGUUGCAAUGAUGGCCGAAGAGGCGGUGCAGGAACUGGCGGCAUUGAUACACCCAGUUCUAGGGAGGAUUCAAUAGAAAAAGAUGAAAAUACAAAUACAACACAAGCGACAUCCAUCAUACUAAAUGGUGAUGGUUAUAUGAGUGGCAGCGGUGGUGGAGGUGCUGGUACAGACAUAGCAGGAGGUGUUGGCAGUGAUACAAUGGCUGCUAGAGUGGAAAAUAAUAAACAUGGCAAAUACCAGCAUCACUCAAUGUGUAAAGAAGGUGGCAGUGGCGGUGUUGCAAGAGUACCACCUCCCAGACAUGGCAAAGAUGGUGGCAAAAUGUCCAAGCGUAAUGAUUCUGUAACUAGUGUGACUAAUGACAAUGUACACGAUGCCAAGAAAUACAAACGUAACAAAAAUUCUACUGGUAGUCUGGGAGGAGGACCAGGUGGUGGAGGUGGAGCUGGAGGUACAAAUUCAAAGCCCACUCAACACCAAAGUGAUGUACGCAUUAAUAUUAUAUCCGAUGGCAAAACUAAAUCCUCAGCCCAAAGACGUAUGCAUUCUGUAGAUACUGCUAUUGGCCGGCCAUCAUGCUUGGGAGGAGGUCAACGCAAAUUAACUUUAGAAUCGUUGGAUAAUCGUUCUUGCUCCAAUUUAACAUCAUCUACGUACUGCAAUGGCAACAGCAGCCUGCUGGACGAUGGCGACAUUAGCAAUUUUGGAGAUGGUGAGGAUUCAUCCAUAGUGAGUGGCAUGAUUGUGCAGGCCUCUAGCAAUGGCAGCAGCACCGGUUUACCUCCCUACUACGAAAAGAAGCCGAAUGGCAUGAGUUUGUAUUCCAGUGGAGGUAUGCGUACCCGCGACAUGUCUUUCGAUGAAUGCAGCUCAUUUUCUCGCAUGGAUUCUUCUAGUACGUUGGCACGUGAAAUGGAAAUAAUGGAUUUGUUAGAGCGUGAAAGAUCCAGCUUGGACAUGCAAGAGUUAUUGCAGAGAGAGAAACACAACGAAUCGAUGAAGAGACGUGAUGGAGAACGCCGUAGAUUGCCGGACAUAGAGAAAAUCUGUCAAAAAUCUCCGAAACCUAAAAUGGAUCCCUAUUCAUAUGAAAUUUCAAACAAUACUUCCAUAACAUCAUUGUCGGCCAAGGUGCCCACCUCUACGGAUCCGUUAAGGACAACAGAUACCUAUAGUUUAAACUCACAUCUCAAUGAGGAUGAUGCUUCCCUAAGUUUACCCUACGACAAGGAACCCAUACACUCUUCUAAAUCCCCCCAAAGAAGUAGUAUUGACGAAGAGGUGCCCUCCGAUUUCUUUGACAGUUACACACCCGGUGAUACCACUGCCAUCUUACCAUCGUCGGCGCCAGCGGUCAGCAGUGCUGUCCAAUACCAGUACUCACGCCGUUUAAGUCGCAAAACCUCCGCACAUCACAAUCCUGGAUCUACAAACUCACAUCAUCAUCACAAUCAUCGCAUGUCGAAACGGGACAGUUUCAAUUCGUUGAAUAGCAACGAUUUAAUAGCUGGUGCUUUCGGUGAAUUGGAUCCAACGCAACCCCUAACGAAAAUGUCUGUGAUUGAGAAUCGGGUGGUAAGACGCAGCGGCAGUGGUAGAACGUCUUCAUUUUCUUCUUCGGCCCGAAGUUCUAUGAAAUCGCGUGAUUAUGGCCAUAGUUCAACGCAUUCGGCUCAUCCGGAACUGGACUUUAGGGAGAAUUUUUUGGCCGAUUUGUAA